CGUAAACUCGCCCCGACCGAAGGUUCCUGAAUCUUGUCACCUGUAACUUAGCCUGAACUUCAGACGACAAGUGAAAACGUACAUUAUGGCGCAAAACCUGUUAGCAGCCUGCCUUCUAGUCGUUCUGGUCAUUUCAGUUGGAGUGAGCGCGAAACGUGGAUGUUCAGCAUUCGGUCACUCCUGCUUUGGUGGUCAUGGCAAGAGAUCAGAUAAUGCUAUUUUGAAUCCAUCAAGCAUCGAGUUGGGUCGUCGUCAACUUGGCCAAGAAGAGACUCCGCCACAUCCCGUGUAUCCUCAUGCAGGUUUUGGCAUUCUACCUUCAGGAGACGAUAUUAUACCUGUUAGAGAUGGAGGUAUCUACGAAAAUUAUGGCAGCAAUGAAAGGAGCUUCAUGAAGAUGAAACUGAGAAACAUUGUUAAGCAUUGGAUGGAUAACUUAAGGCGGUCACAGACUAACGAUGGAUACUACAUUGAAUCUUUGUAAACGAUGCAUACUUUUAGCAACCAAUGAUACCAAACGUUCGUAAUGUAUUUUAAUUGUGUUAACCAUUCAAUCAUUAAAGAUAUAUUUAGUUACAUACAAUUAAUACUUGUUUUGUUUUCCAUAUAUUUUAUCAAUUACUAUUAUAUUAUGUUUCAUAGAUGUGUAUAGCUCUAUUGAUAUUUUAAGGCUGAUUAUAUUUCUAUCUUCUACAGAUAACUCUAAUGUUAUUAUAAAGUUUUGUGUGGAUUAAAAUAUAUAAUUAAAAAAUAAAAAUUCAUACUAUUCUUGAGAUAUUCAAUGUUGAUAAUUAAAUAGUGUAUUAAUUAUCAUAAUUAAUAAAACAAUAAUUAAAACAACGCGUUAAAUGAUGGGAAAUAUACAGAAGUCAAGUCUCAACAGGUGUAUUUAAUUCAAGGAAAUCUAUAAAUUGGUUUCUGAUUCAUUCUAUCCAAACGAUAUAUUAAUGUGUCAAUGACAAGAUAUAAUGUUGAGAGUAUAUACGUAAUGAAUAUCUUUUGUUAUUAUUAUUGAAAUAAGGUCAAUUCUUUGUUGUGCACAUUAUAAUAUCUUCUGUAUAUAGGCUGGAAUCUAUUACCUAUUUGUGCAAUUAUAUCCUGUUUCAAUAUUAUUAACUUAUGUAUUUUAUCAAGAAUUGACAAUUGUAACUUUACAAUAAAAUAUAACAAUCAAUAUUCAAAAUUUGUGACGACAUAUUAUAAGAGCUAAAACAGUAAGUAAUAGUUACAUUUGAUUGAACAGAGUCUUCUACUCUCAUGCAUCGUAGUAGCUAGUGUAUCUGCUGCUCCGUUACUAAUCUCCUAUAUUCUAUAAUACAAACAAGAAAUGUAACAGAAAUUUUGUAAAUAUUAUCUAUUCAAAAUAUACUUAUUUCACUUGUAAGAAUAUCGUAAGAGACAUAAGUUUACCACCGUCUAUAGUCCAUACCCUAGUUUAUUGUAAUAAUUCGUGU